GUGUGUGUGUGUGUGGGGGGGGGGGGGGUGACUAGGAGAUCACCGACACAUUGUCAAAUAGAGAGGAAAAGUCAUACAAAAAACAGGCAUCAUGUAGUGUCAUAAAUAAAUCUUAAUGUUUUUUUGAUAUGUUCAUAUCACUGUAUCAAUCUCUCAGUGCAGGUGUGCUCGCACCCUCACUGGAUGGAACUGGACGAAAGCUCUGCUGUGGAUCCUCUACCGUUGAUUGAAAUGGCCAAAAUCCUGCAAGAACAAAGAGGUUUCCCUUGCAAGACAAGCCCAGGCUUCAGAAAUGGGUGGACAACAUGAAGCGAGAGGAGUGGACCCCGAGUCGGCAUCAGUGCCUAUGCAGCGAGCACUUCACAGAGGACUGCUUCGAUAUUCGAUGGGGCAUCCGCUACCUGAAGAACACAGCCAUCCCGACCAUUUUUCCCUCCAAUGAGGAUGAUGGUGAGAAAAAAGGGACCAUCAUUAAAAGGAGCCCCAAGGCCAAACCCAGGACAUUAGAGAUUGACAUUGAGCCCACAGGAUUUGACUGUCCCCUCGGUAAGAGGCCACUCAUCUUAAGCAGAACAUGCGAAAAGUUCCAUUCAAGCACAUCAAACAACACUGUUGCUGAACACACAGAGAUGGUAUUUGAACUGCCUCUGGUGUCAGACACUGGCAUCUCCUGUCACGGGAACCAGUCAGACAUACAGAGUGCUGCUUGUGAGGUACCAGGUGACAGCGGAAUACCAACAGCGUCCUGCCUCGCACUGUCCCCAUGCACUGAGCCCUAUUCUGAAGAGCUCGCUGACUCCACUGUGACUGUGAUGUGCUGUGAAUCGCUGGGCCCUUUCUCAGAUGGAGAGGCCAUUGUGGAUGCAGCUGCCCUCCAAGCAGCACUGGGCCAGGCUAUUCACCUUGUUCCUGUGGAAAUGGUUAAGGACGAACCCACAGGCUGCUUUCUUGGGGAGGGGGUACCCAGUGAGGGAGAGCACAUUUCUGUUUACGAGCACUCGUACUGCAGACCGGACACAGACAAAGAUCAGCUUUGGAGUAAGAUCUUGAGUUUGCAUUCGAAGAUAUUGGAACUGGAUCACAGAGAGGAGAGCACGGUGGCUAAAAUCCAUGCUCUUGAGACUGAGAUAGCCCUCCUGAAGAGGGAUGGGGCUGUUUUUAAAGAGAAACAGAAAGUUUUAGAAGAUUAUAUAUCAUCCAUGUUGCUCUGAUUUUGGACCAAUAUUGUGGAUGUGGUUGUAUUUUAGUUGUUACCAUUGAGUCACUUUUGCAAACAUCUUGCACAUGCUUCUAUAGAUGCCAUACAUAAAACACAGAAAUAAUAAUUGUGCCUGAUUUUACACAACUUAAUUGGUACUUGGUGUUCUCAAUAUUGCUCUCACAUUUCCAUAUUACAACUGUAUGUCUUCUUAUGUCCACACGGUGCCACUGUACAACCAUUUUUAUUGGCAGCACAGAUUUUCAAUGGUUUGUUGCUAUGCAUUUUUGAUAGAUAUUCAAGAUUUUCUGUUCCAUUGUGUCAUCAAUACCAUAUGCUAACUUAUUAACAGCUCUUUUGCUGUUUUUAUUAUACAAUGCCAUCUGCCUGUUAUGAUGUUUAAUCAUCUGGUCAGUGUUUGACAGUUGUCUUUGUUACUCUAUAAUCUCUGUUGUUACUGUAUAAUUUAAUGGAGUUGUUUGUUGUUUCACCAGAGUCAGAAUUCAUGAUUUCA